AUGACUGCAGCAGAACAAAUGGCUAAGGCGAAUAUGUCCACAAUGAUAACAAAAAUGGAUGAAGUGGACAGGACAGUGAAGGAUGGACAGAGAGAUGACGCGAUGCCAGCAAAUAGUGAUAUGAUAGUAAUCCAGUGA